GAGCAGGGUGCCGUCGACGGAGGGGCGAGUCGCCGCUGCCGCGCUCCCGGUGUAACGGUCUACUCAAGUGACUUCCGUGAACCAGGCGAGUCCAGACAAACCAGAUGAACAUGGCGCAGGCCCAGGUGAGCCUGGAGGACGCCUUGUCCAACGUGGACCUGCUUGAGGAGCUGCCCCUGCCUGACCAGCAGCCGUGCAUCGAGCCUCCACCCUCCUCCAUCCUCUACCAGGCGAACUUCGACACCAACUUUGAAGACCGCAAUGCGUUUGUGACGGGGAUUGCGCGCUACAUCGAGCAGGCAACCGUGCACUCAGGCAUGAACGAGAUGCUGGAGGAAGGACAGGAGUAUGCUGUGAUGUUGUACACCUGGAGAAGUUGUUCACGCGCAAUUCCCCAGGUGAAGUGUAACGAGCAACCAAACCGCGUAGAGAUCUACGAGAAGACGGUGGAAGUGCUGGAGCCAGAGGUCACCAAGCUCAUGCGCUUCAUGUAUUUCCAGCGCAAGGCCAUUGAACGGUUCUGUGGCGAGGUGAAGCGUCUGUGCCACGCUGAGCGCAGGAAGGACUUCGUGUCGGAGGCAUACCUCCUCACGCUGGGAAAAUUCAUCAACAUGUUCGCCGUACUUGACGAACUCAAGAACAUGAAAUGCAGCGUGAAGAACGACUACAGUGCUUACAAGAGGGCUGCCCAGUUUUUGAGGAAGAUGUCUGAUCCACAAUCCAUCCAGGAGUCUCAGAACCUGUCCAUGUUCCUGGCCAAUCACAACCGCAUCACCCAGUCCUUACAGCAGCAGUUGGAGGUGAUCCCUGGGUACGAGGAGCUGCUGGCCGACAUUGUGAACUUGUGCAUGGAUUACUACGAGGGGCGCAUGUACCUCACGCCCGGCGAGAAGCACACCCUGCUCAAGGUGAUGGGGUUUGGGCUGUUCCUGAUGGACGGCUCCGUCAGCAACAUCUACCGUCUCGACGCCAAGAAGAGAAUCAACCUCGGACGCAUAGACCGCUACUUCCGGCAGCUGCAGGUGGUGCCGUUGUUUGGAGACAUGCAGAUAGAGCUGGCGCGGUACAUAGAGACCAGUGCCCAUUACGAGGACAACCGCUCCAAGUGGACGUGUACUUGCAGCACGCUCAGCCCCCAGUACAUCUGUGAGCAGAUGGUGCAGAUCCGUGAUGACCACAUCCGUUUCACCUCUGAGCUGAGCCGACACAGCAACAGCGAGGUGGUGACCGGCUCAGGCCAGGAUGGACACAAGUCAGAUGAGCAGCACAAGGAGCUGUGUGAUCUGGCGCUGCGUGGACUGCAGCUGCUGUCUCGCUGGAGCGCACAUGUCAUGGAGGUGUACUCAUGGAAGCUCGUGCACCCUACGGACAAAUUCUCUAACAAGGACUGCCCAGACAAUGCAGAGGAAUAUGAGCGUGCGACACGCUACAACUACUCCAGCGAGGAGAAGUGUGCACUGGUUGAGGUGAUUGCAAUGAUCAAAGGGCUGCAGGUGCUCAUGGGGCGCAUGGAGAGUGUUUUCAACCAGGCGAUCCGGCACACCGUGUACGCCGCGCUGCAGGACUUUGCACAGAUCACGCUCCGAGAACCGCUCCGCCAAGCGGUCAAGCGCAAGAAGAACCUCAUCAUCAGCAUCUUGCAGGCGAUCCGCAAGACGUGCGGGGACUGGGAGGGCGGCGCAGAGCCAGCCUCUGACCCCUGCCUGCGUGGGGAGAAGGACCCCAAGGGUGGCUUCGAGCUGCACGUGCCCAGGCGCACAGUGGGGCCGUCUAGCACACAGCUGUACAUGGUUCGCACCAUGCUAGAGUCUCUGAUCGCUGACAAAAGCGGCUCGCGCAAGACUCUGCGCUCAUGCCUUGAGGGCCCAACCAUCACCGCCAUCGAGGAGAUCCACCGCUCGUCCUUCUUCUACACCCACCUCCUUAACUUCAGCGAGGCCCUGCAGGCAUGCUGCGACCUCUCACAGCUGUGGUUUCGGGAGUUCUUCCUGGAGCUGACAAUGGGGCGACGGAUUCAGUUCCCUAUCGAGAUGUCCAUGCCCUGGAUCCUCACAGACCAUAUCUUGGAGACGAAGGAGCCCAGCAUGAUGGAGUAUGUGUUGUACCCACUGGACCUGUACAAUGACAGUGCUCACUACGCCCUCACCAAGUUCAAGAAACAGUUCCUGUAUGAUGAGAUCGAGGCUGAGGUGAACCUCUGCUUUGACCAGUUUGUUUACAAGCUUUCGGACCAAAUCUUUGCUUACUACAAGGCGCUGGCUGGAAGUGUGCUGCUGGACAAGCGUUUCCGAACAGAGUGCAAGAACCAUGGCGUGGUUAUCCCCUACCCACCUUCAAACCGCUACGAAACACUGCUCAAGCAGCGCCACGUGCAGCUCCUCGGCCGCUCGAUUGACCUGAAUCGCCUGGUAACGCAGCGUGUGACGGCCGCCAUGUACAAGUCCCUGGAGCUUGCCAUCUCCCGCUUCGACAGCGAGAACCUUACCUCCAUCGUGGAGCUGGAGGCCCUGGUGGAGGUGAACCGCCUAACUCACAAGUUCCUCAGCAAGAGACUCACCUUGGACAACUUUGACGCAAUGUUCCGUGAGGCGAACCACAACGUGUCGGCGCCGUACGGGCGUAUCACUCUGCACGUCUUCUGGGAGCUCAACUAUGACUUUCUGCCCAACUACUGCUACAACGGCUCCACUGGGAGGUUUGUACGCACGCCGUACCCCUUCACGCAGGACCUGCAGAGAGACAAACCUCCCAACGUGCAACCACACUACCUCUUCGGCUCCAAGCCCCUCAACAUCGCAUACACGCACGUGUUCGCCACGUACCGCAACUUUGUGGGAGCGCCGCACCUGCGUACCAUGUGCCGCCUCCUUGGCUACCAGGGCAUCGCCGUGGUGAUGGAGGAGCUGCUCAAGAUCAUCAAGAGCCUGUUGCAGGGAACAAUCCUGCAGUACGUGAAGACCCUGAUGGAGGUGAUGCCGACGAUCUGUCGCCUGCCGCGACACGAAUACGGCUCUCCUGGCAUCUUGGAGUUCUUCCAUCACCAGCUGAAGGACAUCGUGGAGUACGCAGAGCUCAAGACUGACGUCUUCCAGAGCCUCAGGGAGGUCGGCAACGCUGUCGUCUUCUGCCUACUUACCGAGCAGAGCCUGUCCCAGGAGGAGGUGUGCGAUCUACUCCACGCCGCGCCCUUUCAGAAUAUCCUUCCUCGAGUCUACGUCAAGGAGGGGGAACGUUUGGAAACUAAGAUGCGUCGUUUGGAGCAGAAAUACUCAUCCCUGCACCUGGUGCCGCUCAUAGAACGGCUGGGAACUGCACAGCAAAUCGCCAUCGCCCGAGAGGGAGACCUGCUCACCAAGGAGCGCCUCUGCUGUGGCCUAUCCAUGUUCGAGGUGAUCCUGCAGCGAGCGGGCACGUGCCUGGACGACCCCGUGUGGCGAGGACCACCGCCGGCCAACGGCGUGAUGCACGUGGACGAGUGCGUGCAGUUCCACCGCCUGUGGAGCGCCAUGCAGUUUGUCUACUGCAUCCCCGUGGGCACGCACGAAUUCACUGCAGAGCAGUGCUUUGGAGACGGGCUGAACUGGGCGGGUUGUGCGGUGAUGACGCUGCUCGGGCAGCAGAGGAGGUUUGACCUCCUCGACUUCUGCUACCACCUGCUCAAGGUGCAGAGGCAGGACGGCAAGGACGACGUGAUCAAGAACGUGCCAUUGAAAAAGAUGGUGGAGCGGAUCCGGCGAUACCAGAUCCUAAACAACAGCAUCUUCGCCGUUCUCAACAAGUAUCUACGCGGCUCCGAGUGGGACCCGGCCCACACGGCGCCACCGCCACACGGGCACAGUGACGGGCUUCCCGCCGAACACGUGCGCUGCUUCCAGCCACCUAUCCACCAGUCGCUCGCCAGCACCAUCUAACACCUCAUGAGCAACUCACGCGCACCUCGUUAACAGUGCUGGUCACCCAUCCGUCGUCAGUCGUCUGCCAGUGCUAUCUUGAACCUUGCGAGAACCUCACUAGCAUCUCAUACUCCACUUAAAACUCACUGAUGCCUCACUAGAACCACACGAACACCACCAAUCAACUUCAAGACCAAUUAACCUCACCGGCACCCAAUGCCUCAUUAAUACCUCACAAACAAGCACCAGUAACUUAUUCAUGACUUGCUCGCCAACACAAUUUAGAACCAUACACCUCACGAACACCUCACCAUUACAUCACAAAUGCCUAACCAUCAACUCGCCAACAAUUCCUCAUUACUAUAGAAACAGUAUGUCACCAACACUUCCAUGUGUCCAAUCCCCAGCCUCUUCCGAACACUUCCUUUACACCGCCUCACCACCCCUUCCCACUUCACCAUUCUCUCAACACCCUCUCAACACCUCCGCAAUGCUCACUCAACACCUAUUCUCUCCCUCACGCCACUUAAGAUCUCUCCGUGUUUAUUCACACGUCAGUGUGGGAUUAGUCGGAGAGUGCGUACGCACACUUUGCACGAGAGUGCCGCGUGGGCCCAUCUGCUCCCAUGAGCAUUUCAUGUUCCCUAUCGUGGCCACAUCCACUCGUACUUUGAGGAGCAGAGCACGACUGCAUUUGCUUCUGGAAAAGCGCUUCCCUUCUGCGUAGCAAUGUUUCAAAAACAGUCAUGCAAAUAUGAAUCUGCUCUCUGGCCUCAAUUGAAGCCUGGAUUAGAAACACCUAGAUCUUAAAAGAAACCUCUCUCGCUAAUUUGAAGCGUGAAUUGCAAUUUGCGAGCUGACAAAUUGCAGUGUGCUGCAGAGAAACCUACUUCCGGUUGCAUGUGUAUCUUAAUGCUCUGAGGGCUGCAGGUACAGCUAAAUAGGGGUGCCAAAUGUCCUGGCAAUGGUACUGUCGUUAUUUUUAAAUCUGUGCGUGUAUGUUGUGUUGUUUUUUUGUGUGCCGUGUAGUCCUGUUCCCUCUAACCCUUCCCUUUACCUUCACCACUGCUGCACAAACUUUCUCGCUGAUUUAUAAUUAUGAGUGUCAUUUCAUCUAUUUAUAUAUAUUUUUUGCUGGCCUCACCAUUCCACAUUUAACGAUUUAUCAAUUCAAAUCGAAUGAUUGUGCUCACAAUGCAUGCAUUACAGCAUCGCGACUAGCAGUCACAUUUAGAUGCUACAUAAAUCUAUAAUGUAUUGUUUCAAUCCGUGAUUGUAAGAUUAAAUAAUUUGUAUUCCAUGCAAAUAAUAUCCAUUUAUAUUCAAAUGUUACCUUUUGUCUAAUGGAACCAAUGAGUCAGAACAAACAAAAACCGUACUUAUGAGACACAAUACAAACUAGAUAAUAUCACAAACAAGAUUAAUCGACUCUUGUAUCAAACCAUGGAACUGAAUUGUUAAAAUGAAUCACGUUGUGGUGGGGUUGAAUCGUUACAUGCUUACUAUACUGUGUCCUGCGUUGCAUUUUGAUGAGCUGCAGUCUGCAAUGGCUGUAGAGUUUUGCGAUGUACCAUUAACACCUGGAGGCAACGGGAAAUGUUGCCCCGGGACUUGCAGUCACGAUCUGACGUAAAGUCAAGCGUGUGUCGCGACGAGCUAAGGUUAGUCACACUUUUACAAGCCGUAGCCAGGAGAAUACAGGUACAGCCAAACUGCACAUUUUUUUAAAUGUAUCCAUAUAUACAGGUAUGUCCAUUUGCACACUGAUGAGGUUUCUCUACAUUGAAACUUAUAUCGACAUGGCCAUGAGGUAAUUUAAUAGGUGUACCCAUAACUAUGGGUACAAUGAGCAGGCUACCUGACCCAGAGAGGCUCAUAAGAGUCAUGUCAGAGAGCUGGGUCAGCACUAGGCCUCGGCAAGGUACGGUCAUUUACCCUUUUUACCGGGUAAAGAGUAAAGGUGUCGACAUGCCAAGGGGUAAGGUAAAGGGUAGGCUCGUUUUUACCUUUUACCUUACCUUGCCGAGGCCUAAUCAGCACUGUGGAGAUCCCCAGUUUGAGCUCGAGGGCCGUGUAUCUUCCAGUGGUCACGUGACGACAAUGAGCCAGCAGUGUUGUGAUUCCUGCAUUCAAAUUCCGGCUCCAGAUACCCACGUUUAACAAGGUCCUUGUGUGUAAUGAGUUGAUGGUCUCAGCCUGCCUGGUCAUCACUGACCGUACAAAAACCUCCAUCGGAAUGGGAUUUCAUAUAAUUCGGAAAUUUUCUUUCCCAGGUUAAGUAAAACAUAUGUUGGAUGAUUGACGCAUGGUGAACCACGCUCCUUGAGUUUUGACAAACAAUUAUUGUAACGCCGUGACAGACCAUAUUGCCGAGACCUACCCGAGCACUCUUAACGUGGCAGCACUAACAAAUGGCGAUUUCAAUUGAAUUUUGUCUUUUACCCAGAUAAACCUCAGUAAGUCUCAAAUCAAGUACUACUUUGGGAUGUUUAGACUGUUCCUUUUGAGUAAUAGUUUUUUUUUACAUGUGGGAGAAACACUGGAAUGGCCAGAUAACAUAGGUCAAAAAUUUGUAUGUUUGAUGAUAGUUGUGUUACUGAUGACGGUGAUAAUAAUAGUGUGAGUGAUGAACAUUGUGACAGUGAUGAUCGGUCUUGAUAAUGUUGAUGGUUGAUUGUUCAUGAUGAUAGUGAUGAUUGUAAUGGUGAGAGUAAGGGUAAUAAUGACGGUGGUGUUCAUGAUAUCAAUGGUGAUGAGUAUAUUUAUGAUAUUUGUAUUAUGGUGAUGACAAACAUGCCCAUGGAUGAUAGAGUUGUUGUUAUCAGUGGUGAUAAUGAUAAUGGUGGUGAUACUAAUAGUAAUGAGAAUUAUGAUUGUGACGAUAAUGCUGGUGAUGUCGAUGUUAUUUUGUAUAUCAGCUACUUAAUGUGAUCAUUUACAUUCUCCAAUGGCUCAGUGUGAGUGUGGUUGAUAAAGGUAUACGAUCUUAGUGUUAUCCAUCACCUCCAUCGUCAUCAUCAUAGUCCUCAGUUGCGGUACUUAUUGAUGUUUAUUAAUUUAAUUCGUUGAUUUCUUUGGAUUUUUGGUGCUUUUUGUGUUUUUUAAGUGCAGUAUUUUUUAUUAUUAAUAUUUUAAGAGCUGGCUAGAAAGCUGUAAAAGGAAGUGGUGAAUGUGUUCCAUCACCUUGGAUUUAGACCACAUUUACUAAUUAAAUGUCAUGGAGAUGCAUGUUCA